ACACUACUAAGUAAUGCAUGGUAGGCAUUUCUUUCCUGUGCAAAUGGUCCUACUGUAGCACAAAUGACACAUGGCUACAUGAAUUUGAAAACUGCUACACUGUCAAAUUUGACUAACUUUGUAACAUUUCGCUUGAAACAUGAAACUGCUAAAAGUUCAAAAUAUAGAGGAAGUUCCUUACAAAUUAGGCGACCUUGAACGCACCAUUUUAUUGCUAGGCUGGCUUGCGCUAGGUAGGAAGGCAGAAUUACAGAAUGUGCAAAGUUUCUUCGGGAAAUAGCAACCAAAAAUUUAAAAAAAGUCGUUUUUAAAAAAUGAAUCUUGUUUAGACCAGCACCCAUUUCUUGGCAUUGGACGAUGGAGCACAUUUUAACGCCAAAGGUGGAAGAAGUGAAAUUGUUGGAUCGAUACACUGCAAAGAAGCCAGCCAUUGGCACUCUCUAUCUAACAGCAACCCAUCUAAUCUUUGUGGAGACCUCCUGUCACAUUCGCAAGGAAACCUGGAUGUUACACCAUCUCAUAGCCACAGUAGAGAAACUCCCUCUUACAGCCAUGGGAUGCCCACUUCACAUUUCCUGCAAGAAUUUCCAUGUGGCUCACUUUGUGAUUUCCAGUGAGAGGGACUGCCAAAAUGUUCAUCAGUCCCUGGUCAGACUCUCCCAACCAGGGAAAGUGGAAGAGUUGUAUGCUUUUCUUUACAACCCAAAACAAGAUGAAGAUGAGAGAAGAAAUGGUUGGGGCUUUAUUGACUCAGCCAUGGAUUUCAAAAGAAUGGGAUUGCCCAAUGAGUUUUGGGAAAUGACAGACCUCAACAAGAACUAUGAGCUUUGCAGCACAUAUCACUCAGAACUGGGCAUUCCUAAAACCGCAAGCAAGGGCACAGUCUUUGGGAGUGCCAAAUUCAGGAGCAGGGGGCGCAUUCCUACUCUCUCCUACUACCACAAGGAAAGUAAUGCUGCCAUUUGCCGCUGUAGCCAGCCCCUGUCCGGGUUAAGUGCUCGAUGUGUAGAAGAUGAGGAGAUGCUACAGGCAAUCAGCCGGGCUAAUCCCAAAAGCACCUUCAUGUAUGUGGUGGAUACCAGGCCUAAGUUGAAUGCCAUGGCCAAUAGAGCAGCAGGAAAGGGAUACGAGAAUGAGGACAACUACUCAAACAUCUGCUUUCAGUUUGUGGGCAUUGAGAAUAUCCAUGUCAUGAGGAACAGUCUGCAGAAGCUUCUGGAAGUGUGUGCUAUGAAGUCUCCAACAAUGAGUGACUACUUGACGGGACUGGAGAAUUCUGGUUGGCUGCGUCACAUCAAGGCUGUGAUGGAUGCUGGAGUAUUUCUGGCUAAGGCUGUGGCUGAGGAUAAGGCUAGUGUGCUUGUACACUGCUCAGAUGGCUGGGAUCGCACAGCUCAGGUGUGUUCUUUGGCAAGCAUCCUCUUGGACCCCUUCUAUCGUACCAUCAAGGGACUCAUGGUUUUGAUAGAAAAAGAAUGGAUAUCUAUGGGGCAUAAAUUCACACAAAGGUGUGGGCAUGUGGAUGGGGAUCCCAAGGAGGUGUCCCCUGUAUUCACCCAGUUCAUUGAAUGUCUUUGGAAUCUCAUGGAGCAGUACCCUUGUGGCUUUGAGUACAACGAGAAGUACCUUUUGGAAAUCCACAACCAUGUUUACUCCUGCCAGUUUGGAAAUUUCAUUGGCAACUGCCAAAGAGAGCGAGAGGAGAUGCGACUUUAUGAGAGGACCUUCUCAGUUUGGCCAUUUCUCUGGGAGAACCGCCAUCAGUACAGAAAUCCUCUGCACAAAUGCUCAUUAGGGAGGGAGGUUCUGAGGCCAAGCACAUUGCCGUUGAAUUUCAAGUUUUGGUGUGGCAUGUAUAAUCAUUUUGACAAGGGCAUGCAGCCAAAGCAGUCCAUUCUGGAUCACCUGUUAACCAUAACACAGAAAAAGGCAGAGGGUGAGAAGAAAAUGACAGAUCUCCAGAUACAGUUGGCAGUCAUGGAUGGGGUUCUGGCAGAUCAGGGCAGUCCAACAGGCACGCCACCUGAACAAACCUCUUUGUCUCCUGUAUCGGUUAGCCACACAGCCGAAAAUGCUAAACCACUCAUGAAUGGCGCUGCAGUGGAGGAGGCUGAAAUAGAGUUGGUACCUACUGCAGGGAGCGAGAAGAUGGAACCAGUAGCUAUAGAAAAUUGAGUUACUGCCACAAAGGGCACAGUUGUUUCCAUGGAGAUCAAAGAUGUCAGAGGAGGGACAAAGUUCCUCUGAAAUAACCACUGAAGCAGUUAAGCUUGUGGCCUGAUUAUCCAAUCUGUUAGUUGACUGAGCAAAUUACAGCCUUAUUGAUGAAACUAAUUCUGAUCCAAUUCUUUAGCAGCCAUAGAAGUUGAACAUUUAUUUAACAAUUUAUUUUACAACCUUUUUGGGGGGAUAAAUACAGUGUCUUUGGAAAGUAUUCAGACCGCUUGACUUAUUCCACAGUUUGUUACGUUACAGCCUUAUUAACAGUUUUUACAUAUGUAUUACUAUGUUACGUAUGUUUACUCAGUACUUUGAAAUCGCUGCCAAAGGUGCUUCAACAGCUACACGCUUGGUACACCUGUAUUUGGGGAGUUUCUCCCAUUAUUCUCUGCAGAUCCUCUCAAGCUCUGUCAGGUUGGA